AGAAGCACUUGUAACGCUCGAACCUGUGGCUGCUGCUUGUUCUUCCAUGUCUCUCCCCUCGCUUCGCCCCCUGCUUUUCCACCAUGAAUCAUCUCCCAAAUUGCUUCCUCUCCCAAUUCCAAGAUCGAAUUUUCACCGGAAACGUGAUCCGGGAGCACUCAAUAUCAGAGCUCACUCUGGCAACCCCAAGAGGGCCGUCCCCCGAUGGCAAAAUGCGCUCGCCACCGCUGCAAGCCUCUACCCUCUGUACGUCACCAUCGGUGGCUCCGUCGCAGUCGUGAAUCCGUCGGCUUUCUCCUGGUUCGUGGCCCGAGGCCCGGCUUCUUAUACCUGUGCUCUGGCUUUCAUAAUGCUGGCCAUGGGUCUCACUCUGGAACUCAGGGACCUAUUUGCUCUUUUCCGGAAGCAGCCUUUCUCUAUUCUUUGUGGUUGUGUUGCUCAGUACACAAUAAUGCCAUCUCUUGGAGCAACUGUUAGUAUAGCACUUGGCCUUAAACCAUCUCUUGCUGUGGGGCUAAUUCUGCUGGCUUGUUGCCCUGGAGGAACUGCUUCGAAUGUGGUUACCUUAAUUGCUCAAGGGGAUGUGCCAUUAUCGAUUGUGAUGACUGUAUGCAGCACUUUGGCUGCCGUGUUUCUUACUCCUCUGUUAACUAAACUCCUUGCUGGAACUUAUGUUCCUGUGGAUGCCAUCAAACUUUCUUUAAGUACCCUACAGGUAGUUGUUGCUCCAAUUUUGUUGGGGUCUUAUUUGCAAAGUGCAUUUCCAGCUGCAGUGAAAGCCAUUAUCCCAUAUUCUCCCCUUGCUGCGGUGCUAACAUCAUCACUUCUUGCAAGCAGUGUAUUCUCAGAAAAUAUUGUUGGAAUUAAAUCAUCAGCUGUUGUUGCUUCCAAUGGAGCUGUUGGCAUUCUUUUUGGUGAAUUGGGUGUUGUUGUGGUCUCAGUGAUUUUGCUACAUCUUGCAGGCUUUUUCCUAGGGUAUCUUGCAGCCCUAAUAUCUGGCUUAGGAGAGAGACAACGCAGAGCAAUCGCAAUUCAGGUCGGCAUGCAAAACUCAUCCUUGGGCGUCAUACUGGCAACUUCACAUUUUGCAUCCCCUCUGGUCGCUUUGCCUGCUGCACUAUCAGCCAUUAUUAUGAACAUCAUUGGUAGCUCUUUAGGGUUAGUGUGGCGAUAUCUGGACCCAACUGAUUACUGAUGCUGCCACGGGUGUGAGCCAGAAACAGUGACGUUGCUGCAUGGCUUUGUAAUCUCUUGUUGUACGCAGUUAGCUAAUAAAGAUAUUGGCUUUAUACAUUCACUAUUCUGUAUAACUACAAGUACAUUGAGAAAUUGAAGCUGACGUAGAUUAAAGUUCUUAGAUAAUUCUUCUGAUAUGUUA